GCGGCGGCCGAGGGCUUGACCCUGCAGCAGGUGCCGCGCCUCCCUCUGGCUGCCCAGGAGCGCGUUCUCUGCAACGUCUGCGCCACCACGAUAUCAAAUUUGCACGGCCGCUGCGGCGACCCGCGCUGCGAGUGGGACGUGUGCGCGCAGUGCUGCGCCGACGCGCGAGCGGCGCGCGCCGCGGCGGGGGCCGGCGGCGGCGACGGGGGCGGGGACGGCGGCGGCGACGAUGGUGGCGACAGCGGCGGCGUUGGGGGCGACGGGGCCCGGCUGGCGUGCCCGAACGUGGGCGGCGGCUGCAGCGGGCGGGGCCGGCUGAUGCUCUGGAGGAUCCUGGGGGACGGCGUGAUGAGGGACCUGCGGCGUGUCGUGGAGGUGCGCAGGUCGCGGCCAGAUCAUCACGGAUGA